AUGGCACGACAGUCAUGGUUAACAUCGGCCGUGUCCAGGGGUCUCCUGCACCGGUACCGGCCGCUGAACGAGCCGGGCAGCUCGCGAAAGCCGUUCAGCACCUUCCGAAUCGCCGUCAUCGUCUUGUCCCUCUUCUUGGUCGCAUUGGCAGGCCAUUCAUUCACUCGCGGCAAAGGCCAGGGCCCAAGACCUUUGAGCGCAACGGAAGGUCAGGACCAAGAAGACGCAGGUCCGAGCGAUCGUCGUCUCGUCGUGAUCAUCCCCGUGGACAAACCUAGCCCCAAGCUCUGCAAGGUUAUCGCGAGUGCCGUCGCGCUUGGGUAUCCAAGCCCAAUUCUCGUGAAUUGGGGAAUCGACUUCCGCGACGUGACGAAGUGGGAUGGCGGCUCCCAUCUCACCAAGAUAUCGGGCGGCAUGCGCUAUCUCGACGCCGUCAUGCGAGACGACGCCCACGCCGACGAGAAGCUCGGUGACGAUGAUCUAGUCCUAAUGAUAGAUGCCCACGACGUCUGGUUCCAGCUUCCUCCAGAGGUCAUGUUGCAGCGGUAUCACGAGAUCAACGCAGAGGCAAACGCGAAGCUAAGGAAGCGGUGGCGCGGACGAGGGCCGAUGCCGAGAUCGAUGAAGCAGACCAUCGUCGCCUCGUCUCAAAAAAAAUGCUGGCCACUGCCCUCCGAUGGGUACGACCUGCGCUGCGACAAGCUUCCGGAGAGUCCGCUCAAGGCAGACCUCUACGGCCCCAAGACGGACAUGGAUCCGGAGUUCCGCCAAAAUCGCGCGCGUUACCUGAACAGUGGAAGCUUCCUCGGUCCCGCAGGUGACAUGCGCCACUUGUUCCGACGCGUCCUCGGCAAGCUCAACGAUGUCGUUGGCGAUAGAUCCCACAAAUGGAGCGACCAGGGCAUGUUUGCCGAAGUCUUCGCCGAUCAGGAGAUCUGGAGGCAGUGGCAGAGGGAUCACGAUACCGGCGUCGGUGACGAGGCCAUGGAUCUAGUGCAGCAUCACCUGGAGUUCCAUCUCGGUCUCGACUACCGUCAGCAAUUGGUCGUUCCCACUGUUUUCUCUGAAAUCGAUGGCGAGUUUCUGCAUUUGAGCAACCAGACGGCCAUCGACGAGCACUCGGCGCGGCUCAACAUCUCCCCUGUGCGGCUCACGCAUCUCCCGGAGGACGUUGCAACGGCACGGAAUCCUCUGGCGGACGUCGUCAAGGCUCCCGCUUGGAAGGAUAUGCCUCUAUACGCCGAUCUGUUCACCGAAGUCGUGCCGGUGGCGAUGCACCACAACGCUCACGUUAAUGACAGCAAAGCCCGCAUCACGACGUGGUGGGAUAGACCUUGGUAUUUCCCGUACCUUCGACAACUCCUCGAAUUUCAUCUCCGGCUGGCAGAGCUCGCUCCCUUGGCUUCGAUCCAUCGCCAAGGCGCCAACAUCACCUAUUGGGCUCCAAUGUCAAACAAGGAUAGAAAAAAGCCAAAGAUUCUCAAGGACUCGGCUGCUGAACCACUUGAAGAGAUUGAGCUUGAUGCUGCCUGUCGCUCGGCUGAUGAAAACGAGCAUUGGUGGGAUGAGGUGUUUCGAGACGGCAAAGGGCCGCUACAAUAG